GUCAAACGACGCCAGUUGAAGAGGAAUGCUGUCCCGUCCAUGUACCUUCCAAAUGAAAAGGAUCCUCUCGAGUGCACUCCUCAAAAGCGACCAAGGCUCCACGAAGAUGACACGCUUGACAUGAGUGUUAGUCCUGAGGCAAGCGCUCUGGUUCGAGAGGAGUCAGACCUUGGUGUGGAGCAGCUGCCCUCCCCUCCCUCACCAAGGCAGGCUGCUACUACAUCCAGUGAUUUUGUUGCCAAGACGUGCCAUUGCAGUGGCGAGAAAGUUGACCAAGUUGACCAGAGUGUUGGACCCGAUACCAAGUUUAGCUACAAUGUGGCAACUCAAACCCCGCCCAGCAGACUUUCCCCAUAUAGUAUUACUGACUUUCAGUGCAAGCCUGAAGAACUACGUGACCUUACAGGAAUAGAGUCCUAUGAUAAGUUUUUGCUUAUUUUUAACUCCCUUGGACCAAAUAUUGUUAGUGAGUUAAAGUACCGUAAAUUCAAUGUUAAAAAUCUAUCCUUAGAGGACCAAUUUUUCUUGACUCUUUGGAAAUUGAGGAAAGCUACUUCAGAUACAGAGUUAGGAAUGCAUUUUGGUAUCCAUCAUACAACAGCAUCUAAUAUAUUUAUCUCAUGGGUAACCUUUAUGGCCAACCAGUGGGGCAAAUUAGACCUUUGGCCCUCUAGGGACCUUAUUGACUAUUAUAUGCCUGAGGGCUUUAAGAGAACUUAUCCAAGUACUAGAGUUAUUGUAGAUGCAACUGAAAUUCCCAUAGAGAAACCCACUAAUCCAACUGCUCAACAAGCAACCUUUAGUACUUAUAAAAAUGGAAAUACCUUGAAGGUUUUAGUUGGUGCAAGCCCUUCUGGUUUGAUUUCUUUUGCUUCUGAGGCAUAUGGUGGAUCCACAAGUGACAGGCAAAUAGUUGAAAGAAGUGUGCUUCCAGAGUUGUGUUCUAGAGGUGAUUCUGUUAUGGCUGACCGUGGAAUAAAUGUGCAAGAUAUAUUUGCCCCUAAAGGAGUGGCGGUUAAUAUUCCUGCUUUCCUAAGGGGUAAGGAUCAUCUCACUGGUGCUGUUAUAAUGAAUGAUAGGAAGCUAGCUAGUAAACGAGUUCAUAUUGAGAGAUUGAUUGGUCUGAUUAAAAUUUAUCACAUUUUGAAAACCAAGUUAAAUCACCAUUAUGUGUCCCACGGGUCAAAUAUCUUUUUUGUUUGUUUUAUGCUAAGUAACUUUAGAGAAAACAUUGUUAGCCAAAAAGCCUAA